GAUGUAUUUUGAGAGUAACAGCAAUUCGAUCAAGUACAGGACACCAAUACCUGGUGAAGUCGUAACUGGAACUAGCAUUGAGAUUGUGUUUGUACCUCAGGAGCCGUGGAACCAGAUUGUUUUCAACAUUUAUGAUGCAAGCGAAACUGACAUCGUACUACACAUAUCAUUUCGGAAAGACUUUAACAAGAUUCAGCUCAAUUCGGAAGUCCAAGGCAAAUUUAUGCAGAAUAAAAACGCUGAGGGCGUGGCAAUUACAUCAGGCAGUGUUGCCAAAUUAACUGUGGAAGUUCAUCAAGAUGCAUUCAAGGUGUUUGUUGACGGAAAAGAGAAAUACCAUUAUUCUGCAGUCUUGAGCCCUGAUUUGUCACGAAUUAUACAUUUCAGUUCUUCAUUGGGCUCCAAUUGUUUGCUAGAGAAAAUAUGUUUUAAAGACCUGUAACAGUUCAUUUCAAGUGAAAAUCUACAAAACUGAUAUUUGAUUAAAGAAUUACUGAAGAUGGCAUAUCAAAGACAAAAUUGAAAUUCCUAUUGAUACCAUUCACAUAACUAUGGUAUAAUGUUAACAAUGAAAAGAAUAUACAUGUAUAGGUAAGGCGUAACAUUGAAUCAUAUUUCAAUUUCAUGUAACACUUUUGUCUAAAUGCAAAUAAGAUCAGCCUAUUUAUUAUACCUCAAUAUAUCCUCCAAUGUAAAACUCCCAUAGGCCUAUUAUGUUUUCUGAUUGAAUAUCACCCUCCUAGGAUUUAUUCCCCGGCGAAUAUUUCUUAUAUCACCCUUGGGCACAUAACUCUUGCAUAACUCUCUAUUAUCGUACAUUCUAGCCUCUCUGAUUGUGUCUUUAGGAUUAGCAUCACCUGUAAAAAUGAUGUGUCUAUUUAUUUCCUUGACUGCGUACUUUAAAAAUAUUGUAGUUGUAGGUCUUAGGGUGUAAUAAACGGGGUGACAUUAACUGGCUUAUUACCCAGUUCUCGGGUUGACAAUAUCCUUUUCACCCCGACAGACAUGUGUUAUUUAUAUAAUGUCUUAUUAAGUACCAUUAUACUUAAUAUAAGAACAUUUUUGUAUAGGUUAAUUUUUAUAAGAAAGCAUUUACACAAUUAAGACGGUCAAGAACAGUGCAACACUUACCAAUUUAGUGGUUAAAAUCAUGUUUUAUAAAACUGUCGAUUUACUAGACUGAUUGAAUUUAGCCGAUUAAACAAAGUAAAUUUGUUAUAUUCACUUGAAAUACUGCAAUCCUAUUGGGCAAAAUAAUUUCAUAUACUAAAUUUUGUUUUGAUUGUCAGGUACUAUGUGGCCCCGUAUGUUAUCUUAGUAUUAUUAUACUAAGUA